UAUAAGCUUACAGUUAUCACUUUGUGAAAUAUUGUGUACGAAAAUGUUUAACGCGGAGAAGUUGGAAGAUGAGCGUCAACGCCUAGCAACUGGAGAUUUUCGUAGAGGAUUUGGUUUAUUUAAAGGCUACACGAUGCCGGAAAGCUUCCAGGAAAUCCAGCAAGCAAUAGAAGACUUUAAAGUAUAUGACGAUGAUGUUUGGAUAACAUCAUUCCCAAAGUGCGGGACGACUUGGUCACAAGAAUUGGUCUGGUGUGUUUUGCACGAUCUAAAUUUGGAAACCACUAAAGAAGAAACUGAUUUACGCAUGCCUUUCAUCGAGUUUUGUUGUAUUCUUUGUCCACAAACCUUUAAACAUUCCGGGUCAAGAUAUGAUCCAGGUUACUUAGAAAAAUCUGUUGAACUCGCACGUGAUGCAAAACGUCCCCGAAUUUUGAAAACUCAUUUACCGUUUGAGUUACUGCCUAAGCAAAUACAAACUUUUGAGAGAAAACCAAAGAUUGUCCAUGUUUACCGAAAUAUGAAAGACACUUGUGUUUCGUAUUUUCAUCAUCAAAGAUUACUAGAAGGAUUCCGGGGCGAUUUUGACCUGUUCUGGAAACUUUUCAUCACAGGCAAAUUGAAUUAUACACCAAUGACGGAUAACAUUCUAAGCUAUUGGAAACAUCGCAACCGUGAUAACAUUCUUUUCAUUCGAUUUGAAGAUAUGAAAGCAAAUAUUCGAUCUGUAAUUGCUAGUGUUUGCGAAUUCUUCAACAAAUCUUUUUUGGAAAAAGAUAUAGAAAAGUUGUUGGAGUAUUUAUCCUUCGACGUAAUGAAAAAUAAUCCGUAUGUUGAUAAACAUCGCGUUUUAGAGUAUUGUAAGGCGAUAGGCGUGUGUUCAAAUGCAGAAGGUAAUUUUAUUCGCCAAGGUAAAACCGGUGGUCAUAAAAGCGAUAUGAGUAAAGACGUGGAAGACAUUUUUGAUCAGCACCUUAAAUCAAAGCUGAUUGGUACCGGUUUGAAUUUGUAGAAUAUAAAAAGUCAGCCAAGAAAUGAUGAAAAAUA